CGUCGGAGACAGCGUGGGUCGAUAGCGGAGCAGUGGCGGCAGUCCGCGCCGCGCUGGGCCCCCGUGAGCCCGCGCCGCGGCCAUGAGGUCGCGCGCCGUGCUCACCCUGCUCACCGCUUGCCUCGCAGCCACCACCAUCGGAAAUGCCGAGAAGAGUAAAUUCUAUUAUAUGGACUCGCUAUGCAAGGACCACUUCCUACAGCGACAGUAUCGCAAGCUGGAUGGCGGCGUGCUGUGGUCCCGCAACGAGCGAAACCUCGACUGUACCGUCACGUUCCAGACGCACAGCAUCUUGCAGCGUUUCAUGCUGCACUUCGACCUGCUGCAGCUGGACUGCAACGACCACCUCUAUGUGUAUGAUGGCGCCCACGCUACCGCGCCCCCAAAGGCGGACUUGUCCUGUCGCAACACGAAGCAGCAGGUGGGCGCGCUGUUCACGCGCAGCAACUUCGUCACGCUCAAGUACGUGACCGACAACUGGGGCACCGACGCGAACGGCUUCAAGCUCGUCAUCACAGCCGUUAAGGACCCCAAACAUGGAUGUAAGGAGUUCAGGUGCAAGCAACGCGAGUUCUGCGUCAGCGCGGACUUGACGUGCGACGGCGUGGACCACUGUGCGGACGGGUCGGACGAGGACACCGCCGCGCUUUGUCCCGAGAGCGGUGGAGGCGCGCGUAGCGGCGCAUGGGCGGCGGUAGCGGCGGGCGGUGCAGCGUUGUUGGCGCUGGCGGCACUGCUGGCGCUCUGCUGCUUCUGCCGCCGACGCGCGCCUGCACCACUGACACACUUACAUUUGCAACAAAUGGCCAGCAGCAACGGUGCGGGCGGCGGCAAAGGCGCGGGUGGCGCCACUGCCUCGCCCGCCACGAGGCUGCCGGGAAACUGGGCGCACCCUGCGGGCCCGCGCGGGUACAGGGCGGCGCGCCCGGGCCGCCUGCGGGCGCGGGCGCAGCGCUGAGCGGCGCCCCGCACAAAGACGAGUGGUUCGUCUGAGGCGGCCCGGUCGGGCCCGCAGGGCGGGGGCGCCGUACCGGCCCCCUACCGCUCCCAAACUCCGCUCUCCGACCAGCAGAACUUACCUGAACUACCACCAGUGAUAGUAGGUGAGCGUGCGUGCGUCGGUCUGCGGAAAGGAACCUUCACAUAUCCGUUGAAAAUAAUAAUUAUAUUAAGUGUUCGUCGACCGGUUCUGCCGCGAGUGUUCCUUUGACUGUCGUAUUAGUUGUGACGUAUGCGAGUGGGAGUCGCGUUUCUGAUAUAAUAUAUUUUUUUGACUUGUGGUCGAACCGCGUAGAGAAAGUCGCUCUCGUAAUGGUUAAUCGAGACGCGAGUGAGACCGAAGAGCUUCCUUGGUCGCGUCGCGACCGGGUGAAGCUUGACACUCAUGUACGCUUUACGCGCCAGUGUCGCGCGAGCUGCUCGCACAAUUCGUUUGCGCGCGUAGCUCGCUCUUUACGCAUUACUAUCGAUCGCGUAAGUUAUUCACACGUUUGACUGUCCCAGUUUAAUAACGAUUGUAUCCCGCUGGAGUCAACCGUGAGUUUAACUCAAAGACCUUUUACAUCAAAUAGGCUUUUCAGUGCACAAAAGACUGUCUUAAAGGCAGUUCGUGCGGCCUAGUACUGAGCCCCGAAUUUAGAGUUUGACGAAUCUACCUUUAAGUAUCUACCUUUAAGCGGAGCUAGACAAUCUGAAUAUUGGCUGAUGUAAAACAUCUUUCACUCGGGUCUAUAAUGCGUGUCACUGCCAUGUAUCGCUCAGUCCGCUCGCGCGAGUGAUUCGCUCGUAUUGCUCGCGGGACAUCGUUUAGCACUCCUCCGUUUCGGUAGACCUAAGUGUAUUUAUGGGAGUGAUAGUUAACUGAAAUUCUAUCCGAUGAAAUUGUAUAAUCAUUAGUGAUGUAAUAUAACCCAGUUUGUAAUGUUAUUUGUAUACGUUCAUUGGAUAGCGAGUAGUGUGUGUAGCUGAGUAUGCAGUAUCGAAGAUAUUCAUUACUUCUCGAUUUCAUAACGAGUUCUGUUAAAAUGUGUGUUUUAUUAAAAAUUUUAUUUCUUCACUUCCAAAUUUAUCAUAGAAUAAGCAUAUUUUAUGUAUGUAAAACUUAAGUGAAAUUUUAAAUAUACGAUGUUCUCAACGCUCACAUAAAGCGUUUGUUCAAACUUUUACGAGUAUAAUCGGACCAUAUGAAUCAUAGAUAUUAUAAAGAAGCCAUAGAUGUAUUUCGAUUCCGUUACAGUUACGUUAUCGCAAUAAAUUUAAUAUAGCAUUAUACAGUGUGAAUUAAUAUUUUAUUGAAGAACGACAUCGUGCAAAUGAUUUUUUUAUACGAAUUCGACGAACGUAGAACGUAAAAUGUAGUAUAUUCAGAAUACACGAUAUUCCUGAUCAAUCAUCGCGCAGGCGUCCCCCAAUACAUCUGUGUCGGUUGCGUCUGUGCGUCGUCGUCGUCUGAGUGGGUCGUGACGUCACACGCCCGCACGCGCCUGCCGCGACCGAGCACUACGCGGCGCGGUCCGACCGCGGCCACGGUCCAUUCUGACUAUGAAAAACUUAAACUAGGUAUAAUCGCUUCAAAGACUCUUAACAUAAAACAAUAAUAAAGAAACUUCCAUUUAACACGCUUAGGUAUUCAACUAUAAGGUAAUAUGAUAAUUUAAACAAGCCUUUUGAUGUUAUUACACUUCGCUCUGUAUACAGGAGAUUUUCUGAAGUAUUUACCGUGUAACUGGACUCGUGCGCUAAGCUUAUAUACAGAACAUUCACGUCUUAUACAUACUAUUGAUAAUGUGUCAUAUAUACAUAAUUUUAAUAUGAUUAGAAUGCAGUUUGUAUGUACUAUACAUGUAAGGAAUGGGCAGGGCGUCGCACCGCGCCGAUCGCCGGUCUGAAGUCUAUCCGAACGUAUCUAUGUAAUAUUCUAAUUUUAGCGAAGAUUUUUUUAGGUGAAUUUUUACUCGUUUAGUGGACGGCGCCUUGUCGUGGGUGUCCAGUUUUUGGUGUUACGAUAAACGCAAUGUAAAUUUAUCGAUAUGACAUUAAACAUUUUUGGCUUAUUGUUCGUA